AAAGCAGCUAAAAAUGUACCAUUUGGGUAUGUUUAAACCAAAACUGGAAAAUUGUCACACUAUUGCAUUCUAUCAGUAACAAGUGAGCCAUUCAUGAAAAGUGAAUUUUUAUAGGAUCAUAAUAAGUGUUUACUUAGACCAUUAACUAAAUGGUAUGAUUUUGUAUUCAGUGAAGUGGAACACCGUGGUGUUGUACUGGGAAUGGCCCAGUUAGAAGACAAGCCUGCUAUGCAUCCUCAUGCUUACAUCACUGAGGUGGAAAGUGAUUCUGAUGUCAAUGGUGAAUUGAAAGAUGCUCAGUACGAUGACCAAGUGAUGGUUUAUCCUAAGUGGCAUGAGACCUCCGACAACCUUGUCCCAAAACCAACACUGAUGGAUGCAGUGGCCCUCACACGCACUGGUUACCCAAAGUCCACUGCAGGUGAUGUAACUGGUCUAGAAAAUGAUGUAUUCACCACUACAGCUGAACAAUGGGGUCAAGCUAGUACUAGCACCUCGUGGAGUUCAACCAACAGGUACAACAUUGCCAGGUCAAGCAGUGUUCCAGGUGAUGGAGGGUCUACAAGCACCCUUGAAGAUGAGUUUGAUGACUGGGCAAAACUGAUCACUACUGAACUGACAGAAUUAGAUCGAGACAUUGUUAAGUUUGUGGCAACUGGAGGUGAGAUUUCUCAGCUGCCUGAUGCAAGCCUUGAAGUUCUUCUGAAUGGUGACAGCCUCGAUGGAUUACAAACAAAUGAAGCCAUCCAAAAUCUAGUUACGCCCAAAAUUGAAGAGAUUCCCAUGGACAGUGAAGAGAAUGGCAUCUCCUCUGUAAAUCUUGUCAAUAUACAGAAUAUGCCUCCCCCAAGAGUGCCCUCUGGAGGUUAUGGAAACCUGCCUACGGAUAACUUUGCUGGUGACACAAAGCCAAACUUAAUUUCCAUAAAUCAAGAAGGUGACUUGCUUGAGACAGGUCUUGGCAUUACGGGUUCAAAGAUACGCAGGAUCAACAGUCCUUGCAUGUUUGGCAGUGGAAAUUCCACCAGUGAGAGAAAUUACCAACAGAAAGCACCUACCCUGAGUCAUUUAAACAGCGGUGGUCCUUCAAAUGCUGUCAUGAUGAACAUAUCUCAACAGACUCAGAAUCAUCCCACUGGUAGAGAUUCCAAUGGUAUGAAUUUUGAAAGGAUACCACAAAUGCAGCAGGCUGAUAUGACGUCUACAGGUGGUGGCAACUUUAGAGUUCCAGCGCCUGUUUCACAAAUGCAAAAGCAAAAGGAUGCUGUGCACUCACAAUUCUUUCCAAUUUUGAAGGAAGCAUUUCCCAACGUCUCCGAUGAUACAGUGGCUGACUUGAUCGAUGAUAUGAUCCAAGAUUCAGAUAGGAGACAAGCUGAGGCCAUGAGGAUGGCAACACUUCUGCAACAAGCAGGUUUUGCCCAACUAGAGGAAGUUCCUGAAAUUGAAAUCAAACAGGAGGUGGUGACACCAACUCUACCCCAACCAACUAGUUCAUUCCCUAGUUUCUCUGACAGUGUGGCAACUCAGAGUAGUCAACCUCAAGUUAUAAGUGGUUCCGCAUCUUCCUUCAGCUCUACAGAUACCUUCAACCAGCUUCCAGGAAACCAUGUCACAUUUGUGGCUCCACCUAGAAGACCACAGAAUGGGACAGUUCACAGUCAGAACCCUCCUAUGAGGUUCCAAAAUGGUAAUUCUCAGUUUGAGAGUCAAGGGGACAGCAAUAUGAACUUUUUGCAUUCUUUUUCAACUACAGAAACAAGUCCACAGGCAGGGGUUCCCAUACAAGGUGACAAUCUGUGGAACCCUGACCCACCUUUAAAGCAGAGCGUCAUGGACCAAGGAAUAAGGAACUUGCUGCAAAGCACAGGCAACCCAUUGCCGAAUCAGACCACCAACUUAAAUUCUCAAGUGAACUCUGGCUUGCUCCCACAGCAGUCAAACAUGCAGUUUGUGCCACAAAGCUUGAGUAACAUGCUGCCUCAGAACGGUUCCAGAAACAGUCAAAGUAAUAUGUUUAACAUGACAGUAGUUCCAAAUGUAGACCAGCUGAAUCUUCAGGAACCAAGCCACGUGAAUUCCCUUCUCCAGUCAGGAGCUCCCCUACAAGCUUUGAGCUUUCAGAACCUCAAUGGUGCAAGCAUGUCAAUCGCCAAUCAGCACUACCCCAAGUUUGAUGUGAGCAGGAAACUCUGACAGGUGAAUGGCUCUGUUGUCCAAAGCCAAUUUCGAACAAGGUGGUAUCUUAACUAGGCACUCUGCAUAUUCUUUCAACUGUAAACUAGUUAAACUGCUUUCCUAGUAAAGAGCAUCAGUCCAACGUAUCAUAUUACUUGCGUAAUAAUUGUUGCACUUGAGACUAUUGUACAAACAUUCAUGCAUAAGUAAGAUUCCUUUUCAUGUACAUUGUGUGGGCUCAAUGUAUUAUUUUUAAAAUGUAUAUAAAUUAAAGUUAGUAAAUGGUUUCAUUAGCAACUAGAAAUUAUCAAAAUAUAAUCUUGAACGUUGACUUUUAAUUUUUUCACAAGUAUCUUGUAGAAAUAGAAUGUUCUCUUUUACCUUUGUACAUAAAGUUUGUUACAAUAAUUAUUUGCAGUUAGUUGCUCAAAUAUGACACAAAAUCUUGUAGACAGAAAAUACAACUCAUUUAACAACGUUAGUUAUACCCUAAUACCUCACCUUGUAUGGUUUGGUGGACUACGGGAAAUGUUUAUAUAUUCUGCCAUGUUUGUUUGUUUGCUUGUUUGUUUGGUUUGGCUUUUGAAUAUUUGUAAUAUUUUGUUCCAUUACCACUCUCCUCUGGAGUUACAUAUUAGCAAAACUGGAAGUGUUUAGAUGCCUGAUUUUCAAAUCCUGGUGUCAAGAUGCCUCCUGAACAUUUUUGUAGAUC